GGCGGGACCAUAGCCAAAAUGUCAAUGUCAAUCGUGUUUUUUGCCGGGAAAUUUUCGUUUUGUUAUUAACAAUAUUGUUGUGUUUGUGUAUGUUUGAUUGCCGUUAAAAAUGUCAGCCAAAAAGCCGGUUCAAACCAAUACACUAUUCAACUACUUCUCUUCACCAAAAAACAAAGCCAAGACACCCAACAAACAAGUCGCAAAUGGGGGCGACGUUGCAUCCAAAGAAAAUACUUCACCAGUAAAUAAAAGGGAACCUCUCCUGGUAAACCAGGAAGUAAGCGAUGAAGAUAGUGAUGAACCAAUGCGAAGACCAGCAAAAAGACAACGUAAAGCACUAAUUCAAAGUGACUCGGAAUCUGAAAGUGAAUCUUUGCAAAAACGCAAGCCUGAACCACUCACUAGGCCAACUAAAAAGUCAAGAAUCCAAUCAUCAGAUGAUGAGUCUGAAUCAGAUGAAGAUGAUUCUCCACAGAAAACUCCCUCAUCUAAAAAAUGCUUGAUGACUUCAUUUGGGUACACAAAAAGCGAGGAAAAAGUAGAAAUUAAUGAGGAGCUCUUGCAGAAAGCCCCAGUACUCAAGAAGUCUAAAGCUAAACUGGAAAAUACUAGUUUGGAUUCCAGUUGGCUGCAUGACACCCUGGAGUUCCUUAAACCCGAGAAAAUUAAAGAUGCUGAUAAAAGGCGUGCCUCAGACCCAAAUUACGACCCCAGAACCCUUUAUGUACCGCAGGAUUUCCUUGAAAAACUCACCCCCGCGAUGCGUCAAUGGUGGAUCUUAAAAAGUCAAAACUUUGACACCGUCCUGUUCUUCAAAGUGGGAAAAUUCUAUGAGUUAUACCAUAUGGAUGCCGUCGUUGGAGUACAACAGCUAGGGUUCAGUUAUAUGAAGGGCGAGUUUGCACAUUCGGGGUUCCCUGAAAGUGCUUAUGGCAAAAUGGCCACAGCCCUUAUCGAUAAGGGGUUUAAAGUAGCCAGGGUGGAACAAACAGAAACACCUGAAAUGAUGGCCGAGAGGUGUAAAAGUAUGAAAAGGCCAACGAAGUUUGAUAAAGUGGUUGCUCGGGAAAUUUGUCAAGUCUCCUCGAAAGCUUCUUGUAUUUAUGGGGCUCAGAUGCCCGAACCCAGAUCGGAAAUUGGGACUUACCUGUUCUCUAUUUCUGCUAAAGUAAAACCAGACAACACUUGCCGAUUUGGAAUUUGUUUCGUAGAAACCUCAAUUGGGACCUUUUACUUUUCUGAAUUCGACGAUGAUAAGCAUUGCUCAAAAUUACUGACCGUAUUCGCAGAGUAUCCACCCGGACUGAUUUUGACGGAACGAGGGGUCAACUAUGGCCCUUUUAAGAACUUAUUGAACACCCAAUUAAAAGAGGUGAUGCAGGAAACUUUGGCGUCAAAAAGUCAGUUUUGCAGCGCGGCAACUACCCUGGAAACCCUAUUUUCGCAGUGUUAUUUUAAGGAUAAGGACGGGAAGUUUAGUUGGCCGGAAGCAUUUAAGGAUAUCGCUGAAGAAUGUAACCCAAAAGCGGAGUUUGAGUUGGCCCUUAAGUCCCUUGGAGGCAUUCGUUGGUUCCUCAAGAAUUCUCAUAUGGACAUUCAACUGUUUUCCAUGAAAUCGUUUGAAAAAUAUGAACCGGUUGAUUUGAAAUCCGCCCCUGUAACGAAACAUAUCGAGAGGGACCAUUUGGUGUUGGAUUCCACCGCUAUACAGAAUUUGAGUUUGAUUGGGGGUGUUGGAAGUUUACAGAGAACCUUGGACUAUUGUAAGACUCCCUUUGGAAAAAGACUUCUACCUCAUUGGAUUUGUCGUCCAUUAUGCAACACCCAAAAAAUCGAACGUCGACAAGGAGCAAUUAAGGAGCUAUUCGAAAACCCCGGGCAACUAAAGAGUUGCCAAGAAAUCCUGAAAAAACUGCCGGAUUUGGAACGACAAGUGGCAAAGAUUCACAACUACGGAAACCGGUUUUGUGCCAAAGACCAUCCGGACAGCAGGGCCAUACUGUACGAGGCCAAAACUUACUCGAAAAGAAAAAUUAUGGACCUAUUAAAAACCCUGAAGGGCUUUGAGGUGUCCCAGGAAAUACAGGGGAUGUUUAACGGUUGUCAAUCGGAACUGUUAAGGAAUUUGACCCAGUUCGCACCGGAUGGUAUGAACGUGGACCUCACGGAACCUUUACGGUUUUUUGCGCGAGCGUUUGACCAUGCUGCGGCUGAAAAGGAGGGCACGAUAAUACCGCAAAAGGGCGUCGAUCAAGAUUACGACGAAAUCGAAACCGUUAUCGAGGACAUCAAUGAGGAGCUGAAGGAUUACUUGAGGGAGCAAAGUACAUUUUUCGGUUGUCAAGUGGUGUAUUUUGGAAACGACAAAAAACGGUUUCAAUUGGAAGUUCCAGAAAAUCGUGCGAAUAGAGCGACCAGCGAGUACCAGUUGGAGGGUAAUCGAAAAGGAGCGAAACCGGUUAAGAGGUUUUCCACACCCAAGACGAAAGAGUUGCUUUAUAAAAUGAUGAAAGCGGAAGGGGAACGCACCAAGAUCAUUUUGGACUUGAACAGGAGGAUAUUUGAGAAGUUUAGCCUCAACUAUAAAGAUCAAUGGAUGCAAGCGAUCCACUGCUUAGCGAUGCUGGACGUAUUGUGUUCUCUAGCAGAGUACGCCACCACAGUUUCCUCGCUGAACGACGUCUGUUUGCCCCAAGUGGCGCCCUUCUCUUUGAACCCAUUUAUCUCGAUCGAAUCGGGCAAAUUCCCGUGCGCCGGCAACAUCGAGAAUUUCGUGGCGAACGACACCGAAAUGGGCACUGAAUCGUCAUUGGCCCCGUUGUUACUCCUUACCGGACCGAAUAUGGGUGGCAAAUCGACCCUUAUGAGACAGGUCUCGCUUAUAGCGAUUAUGGCACAAAUUGGGAGUUUCGUACCGGCCACAAGUUGCAGCCUAAGUCUAAUCGACAGGGUGUUUACGAGACUGGGCGCCUUCGACGAUAUCGUUCGCGGCCAAUCGACAUUCUUCGUGGAACUAAGCGAGGCUUCAACCAUUUUAAGACACGCCUCACAACAAUCCUUGCUGAUCAUCGACGAGUUGGGCAGAGGUACUUCCACUCACGACGGAAACGCUAUUGCAAGCGCUUACGUGCGAAAACUAACGGAGAUGGGAUGUCGCACGAUAUUUUCCACCCACUACCACACCCUGGUGGACAAUUUCCUGGAUAAUCCGAAAGUUAAUUUGGUCCAUAUGGCUUGUAUGGUGGAAAAUGAUGAUAGCGAUUCAGAAGAAACGGUGACGUUGCUCUACAAAUUGGCGCAAGGCCGUUGUCCGAAGUCUUUCGGUUUUAAUGCAGCCAAAUUGGCAGGUUUACCGCCAAAAAUUGUGUCAAAGGCCAGGGAGCUGUCGAAGGAAGUCGAGGAGGAGGACAAACGUCGACGAGCAUUUAGACAAAUUUUCGCCCAGAAGAUUAGCGUUCGAGAGGUUGGAAUCACAAAUUCAGAUUCCUAUGCAGAUGAUAAACAGGUUUUGCAUUAUUUUGACCCCAAUGAACCAGCAUCGGCCGAAGCAUCUUUUAAUCAGGAUCUUAAAUCUAUAAAUGACUACUCAACUGAACAUAACUUGAAGAUGAAUCCAGACAAAACAGAGGUACUUCUAUUUUGCUCAGAAAAACGAAGAAAACUGCUAGAAGAAUGAUUUUCUGCAUAUUAAAUACGGAUUAUGUUAGGAGGUUAGUUCAAAAAAGUUAUGAAAAUGAAAGUUCUUUAUGCUAACAGAUUUAUUUUAGACUUUUUAAGACAUCUUGAUCAUUUGGCUUAGAUGUUGCAAAUGUUUAAAAAAUUACUUCCAGUAGUUUGAAACGAAAAUGACGGUAAAAGCGAGGAAAACGGCAUCAAAUGAUUAAAAUAAAAUUGAAAUUUUUUCUUAUAGGUCUUUAGAACAGAAAUUCGACGCUUAAAAUGUCAAUUUAAUGGUUUGAGAUACAUUGCAACUCUAUCGACAGUACUGAGAAACUCAUAAAGAUAUGGUCCUGAAAAGUGAAACUCUUUAUUAUGUAGACAAAAAAAGACCAAAUCUAUUCAUCAAUUAAAUUACAGGAAAGAACUUACAGCAAUUUAUAUUAGUCAUAGCAAAGAAUGAACAAAAUACUUAUAUUAAAAUUUGCAAUAAAAAAACCAAUCUCCACUAUGCUGUCACGAAUUCUUUAGAUUCAACUAAAAAUUUUUUGGAGUUGUACUCUUCUUUCAAUAUGCAUUUUAUUCGGUUCACACACUUUACAUGAAGGUGAGUUCUGGCUUACAGUUAAUCUGCACUAUGGAAGAUAGGAAAAGAGACUUUUUUAGGCAAUUAAGUCAUUGACUAUCUGGAAAUUUGAUUAAAUCCCUUCUUGGGGUAACCGGUUUAAUAUGGAACAAGCUAGAAAUGACUUCAAAUGUCUGGAAUAAACUAAAAAAUUACUUCCUGUAGUUUGGAACGAAAAUUACCUUAAAUCUCAAUGGUAUCAAAUGAUUGUAAUAAAAUGGUAAUUUAAGAGUUUCUGCAACAAAAUUCGAAACUUGACAUGCCUUUAUAAGCAAAAACAUAUCUCUAGGUGCCUCGAAUCUAAACAGAGAUUUUAUUAGUUUCCGUCAUAAAUUGUAAUUUAACAGAUUGAGUAUCACUGGCUCUAUUGGCAGCGUUGAGAAACUCAUAAGGUAUAUAAUCGUAAAAAGUGAGUCUUCAUCAGGUAUACAGAGAGGAAAAUUGACUUUUCCAGGCAAUUGAGUCAUUGACUACUUAGAAAUGUAGAUUCCUUCUUGGAGUAACCGGCUUAAUCUAGAACAAGCCAGAAACGACUUCGAAUGCCUGGAAUAAAGCAAAAAUUACUUCCAGUAAUUUGGAACGAAGAUGACGGUAAAAGCGAGGAAGAUAGCAUCAAAUGAAAUUUUUCCUUAAGAGUCUUUAACAAAAAUUCAAAACUUAAAAUAUCAACUCAAUGGUUUGAGGUUCAUUGCAACUCUAUAGACAGCAUUGAGAAACUUAUAAGAUAUAGUCCUGAAAGUGAAACUCUUCAUCAGAUAGACACAGAAAAAUUGAAUUUUCCAGGCAAUUGAGUACCUGGAAUUGUAAUUAAAUCCCUUCUUGGGAUAACCGGUUUGAUCUAGAACAAACCAGAAAUUACUUCGAAUGCCUGGAAUAAAAUAAAAAAUUACUUCCAGUACUUUGGAACGAAAAUAACACUAAACACAAGGAAAAUGAAAAAUGACCCACGUCUGGGGCAAUCGACGAACGGACUGAAUAUUUGGGUACUAAACAGUAAGAAAACAAUUUCUUAAUCAAAUAUAUAUUUUAUUAUACAUAAUAAAAAAGUACUAUAUAAGGCCCUCAAUUAUCACUAUCUCAGUUAAUAUAUGAGUAAAAAGCUUAAAACUAUUCAGAUUUUCAAAUAAAUCCCUCUGUAUAAAACUACCAUAAUAACGGUUUAAAAUUGCACUAUUUCAACUUAAACAUUACCUACUGAGUCAAAAAUACAGUUUAACAAACAUUUAAUCUCCCAAUAAUCUCUAAGACUAAAUUCUCUUUUCAGCAUUCAACUUUCACCCCAAAACCUUCCUCCUCCUUCGGUUCUACUUUCACCCCCUUACAAACCUCUUCAAACUCAUCGUAAACCUCCACUUUUACCUCGUGAGUCUCGACAAACUCUUUCACCUCACAAUCACUGUCCCGCUCCUCCUGUUUCAUUCUUAUCUCCCUGGGACAGUACUCGCUCGAUUUACCCACCACGGUCAGAUGUUUCUUGGACAAAAGGUGCCUUUUCAAACAGUAGUGUAACCGACUACGAAAAUUGCAAAUUUUACAUUCGUAAAUCGUUUUGGUGACGUCGUCCCGGUGGGUUUCCAAGUGCACCCUCAAAUUUCUCCGGUAUUUGGUGGAAAACUUGCAAACGUCACAGAUGUACAAGUUACCGACGUCCUUGGGAUCUUUAUGUUUGUCCAGGUGGGCUAGGUACAAACCCCUCCGGAUACUGGAGUACGGACAGGAGUCGCAUUUAAAAACCGGAAGGUCAUUUUGGGAGGCGUAAUUCUUUUUAUGAGUCCCGUGUGUAUCGAGUAUGUGUCGCUUUAGGGUGCACUUUUGCUUAAAUUUGUACUGGCAUAUGCCGCAAAUGAAUAUCUCGUUGCAUUCGGAGAUCGCUUUGUGGGUCAGUUGGUGUCUCGUUAAAUGGCCAUUUUGACGGGUUUUGUAGUUGCACUUGCCACAGUAAAACCACUUUUCGGGGUCUCUGUGCACUUGCAGGUGUCUUUUAAAUGACUUUUUUAUUGGAGAUGAGUAGCUACAUUGUUCACAGGAAUAUUUAGCUAUCGAUGCUGGUGAGGUUAACCUAAAAUAUGUAAAGAAAGAAAUGAAAUAAUGUCUUCCAAGUUACACAGAUAGCAGUACACUCAUUACAAUUAUUUAAAGCUACUAAUUUACCAAACUUGUUGCUAUUAGGCAUAUAUGUCUUUAACACAUUUUUCAAUCUGUCAAGUGAUGAUCAAUUUUUGAUUUCAUGAGGAAGCUUGAAGAAAAAAGCAACUUGAAGAAAAUGUCAAUAGUGAUUCGGAAUUGUACUUUGGUUGUUGAGUAAUGUGCAAAAAAAAAACUGUAUUUAUGGUAAUUAAGCAUAAAAGACCUAAAUAAAAUAAAAAACCCGCUGGAAAGUUAUAAAUCAAACUUGAACGUAGCAAAAAGUUUCACAGACUAAAUACCUUAGAAUAUCCAUUGAUCAAAAUCUUAAAUGGCAUAUUAUACAUACUGAAUAUCUAGCAAAUAGACUUAAAAAGUUCAUUUACAAAUUUUAUACUCUGGCAAUACCUUAUUCACUCUAUCAAUUGCAUUAAUGAGUCAUACUGUGGUAUCCCCAUGUUAUGAUGGAAUAAUAAAAAAAAUUGUUGUUACA